AUGGCGGAGGGCGGCGCGGAACCGGGGGAUGAUGGCCCCGGCCCCGGUCCCACUCCCGGUCCCGACCCCGGGCUGGCCCUGGUCGAGGGCAGCUCCGGGCGUGCCGGCCGCGUCGGGGACCCCGAUGACCUAGUGGCCCUGGCCCGGCAGGUGCAGCAGGCCGAUGACUUUGUCCGAGCAAACGCCUGCAGCAAGCUGACAGUCAUCGCUGAGCAGAUCCGGUACCUGCAGGAGCAGGCACGCAAGGUCUUGGAUGAAGCUAACAGGGAUGCUGAUCUGAACCACGUGGCCUGCAACCUUGUGAAGAAGCCAGGAAAUAUUUACUACAUGUACAGGCGGGAGAGUGGGCAGCGGUAUUUCUCCAUCCUGUCUCCUAAGGAAUGGGGUACCACCCCCCAUGAAUUUCUUGGUGCCUAUAAGCUCCAGCAUGACAUGUCCUGGACUCCGUUUGAGGACAUUGAGAGACGAGAUGCUGAAAUAACUGUCCUGGAGAAGCUACUGAGCCGGCAGGCAGCACUGCCCCCGUGCACGGAGCCCAACUUCCAGGGCCUGACCAAAUCACACAAGUGA